AAAAAACAACCGCGUUCGUUUUCCUGACGGCUCUUUGAAUUCCCUUGGAGGAAAGCGCCCCAGUAACGGGAAAACAAAAGUAGAUCGUUAAAAAUAUGCAAGUUUGCUUUCCUGCCUAAUUAACAUUGCUUCCUAAUUUUAGGGGUUUCAUGUUGCCGAAAGCAUCCGAACAAUCAUGUGUGGAUAUUCUGUAGUCAGAAGAAUUUGACCAAGCUCCAGGAGGGGAGUUUCACGCCCCGCGUCGAGCAUCGCCGCAGCCAGCUGUCGCCCUGGCUCCCCGCAGCAGCGCCAGAGCCGCCCUGGCAGGAUCACCUCAGCUUCGCCUGCUGCCCGCCCGGCCCAAGGCAGGCGACAUGGAUCGCCGUGAAACCACCCCGGAGGCCGACAAAACCCACCAAAAUCGUCUCUCCAGCCUCACCGAGGAGGAGGAAGAGCAGGACGCGGCUUACACCAUCGUGACGGUCCUGGACAAAGUGGCCAACAUCGUGGACAGCGUGCAGGCGAGCCAGAAGAGGAUAGAGGAGAGGCACAGGGAGAUGGAGGACGCCGUCAAGUCCAUACAGAUCGACAUCCUGAAGCUGGCCCAGGCUCACGGCAACACCGGCUACACCGUGAACAAGCUGCUGGAGAAAACCCGCAAAGUCAGCUCCACCGUGAAGGAGGUGCGGGCGCGCGUGGAGAGGCAGAGCGCCAGCGUGAGGAAGGUGGAAGCCAAGCAGCAGGAGAUGCUGAGGAAAAACAAAUUCCGGGUCGUAAUCUAUCAGGAGGAAAGCGAGUGUCCUUCAUCUCUCUCUGUUAUCAAAGAGAGGACGGCAGCUGAAACUCUGGAGGAUGAUUUCUUCCCACCUGAUGACCUGUCCUCUGAUGAAGAGUAUUACAUCGAGGAAAGCAAAGCAACCCAGUUCAAGAAAUCAGGCAUGAGGCGCAUAGAUGAUAUCAAAAAGGCAUUUUCGAGGGAAAAUAUCCAAAAGACGAGACAGAAUUUUGGCAAUAAGGUAACCAGGCUUCGAACCAGAAUAGUGACCCCCGAGAGGAGAGAGAGGAUCAGGCAGUCAGGAGAGAGACUGAAACAAUCGGGGAUGAGGAUCAGGAAAAGCAUUUCCCAAGCUGCCCCGACAAAGGAGACGUUCAAGAUCCAUAAAAAAAGUAAAGAGCGAACAGGAGCCGAAGGCGAGGAGGGGAUCCAGGGAGCCGGGGCACACAUCGCCUCCGAGCUCGCAGCAGCAGAGCCCUUCACUGAAGAAAUCUCCUACACAGAAGUGAUCACUAAGGUAAAGAAAGACAAGAACAGUGCAACAAAAGGUGCUUCCCAGUCAGCUGAAAAAGGAGUGACAAUCCCAGAAGCUGUUCUUAAGCAGGAAGGAAAAGAAGGAGGAGGAGGAGGUGAUGAUGUCCCUUUGCUAGACUUAAAGCAAUCAGCAUAAGGGAUGGAGUAGCAAACACACCAUGCUGUCCUUAUUGAACAAGAGAUGACACAGUAUGUAUUCACUCAGCUUUAGAAAAAUGUGUGAGUUUGUGUUAUAUCCCCAAACGUGUUGGUGUUCUCUCAUUUACACGGGUGUCUGUAGCGUUGUCUUCCUGACGACAGCCAAGCCAUGCAAACUGAAUGAAGGGGCUCCCCCUGCGUCUAUAGCCCAGCUGGGACUCACAGAGGCACAGGGAAAUCUGCUGUGUGUUCAAGACUGAUUUAGCAGUCAGCAGCCUAAUCACUCUCUUUAGUUUUAGGUAAGGUAUGAAACUUAUUUCCAUUAUCUUACACCAACUCCUCUAAUCGGAAAACAAUAACAAAGCUAUUACUUCAUCUUAGCAAAAGGAAGAACUAUGAAAAAUGUCCAUGCAGCUAUACAAAUCUUCUUGUUUAUGGGCCCUCACUGAAAGCGCAGGAGGAGGAAAUUCCUGCUUUAUCCAGGGUGUGACAAAAUGUGGCAGGAAUCACAGGGUUUCGAGUAAAUUGCGUUUCUGCUCAGUGGAAAAUGAAGCUCCUGAAAUGACUAAAGAUUAUUUCCAGAGUUCUGGAAGAGGAAGGUUUGAUGUAUGUAAGCAAUGCAUUUUCUGCACUUCUGGAGUAAGAAUAAAAAAGCAGAAGACACAUUAAGUAUGGAAUAGCAGGAGGAAAAGAGAAUGAGGUAUCACCUUCAUUUUGUGGAAAGAUGGGAUUAUGAGAAAGGCAGGGUAUGAAGUAAGAGAGGAAUAAGAUUAAUGCAUGGGUUCUGGAUAGAGAAAAAAACAUUUAAGAUAUUGUAACUGAAGCUUCCAUGAGGUCUUUUAAAGAUUUGCUACUCUAUCCAGAGGAUCACAGGGCUCAUGAACAUAACUGACCAGACAAGGGAAUUGGUUUGUUUUCCAUUCUUUGUGAUUUUUCUGAGCUUCACUGCAAUUAAAUCUCUUCUACAAAGCUGCUGAAGUAGAGGGCCAAUCCCUAACCCAGUUCUUUGUUUCCUACGAUGACCAGCCACAGCCUCAGGGAUUAGGAGCCAGCCACCCUUUGGAGUAUGGAAUGCUGCUCAUUCCCAACGCUGGGAGCCAGCGCCCUGCCAUGGGAUAUGUUUGUAAACACGGCCACGGGGCUGACAAGGGGUGCAGGACUCUCUUUGCUCUCUUCAUUCUUAAACAGAGUUGCCUUCAAAGCACGUAUCUAAAGCAAUGUUAGUCAUUACUAUCUGUGUGAAACUUGUACAAUAAUUGCCAAAAGCUGUAUGAUUGUAUUUAAUAUCUCAGAUUCAUUUGAACAGCAGAGCGUAACUUCAUUAUCUAUAUACAUUGUUUGAGGACUCCCGGUUAAUUGUUAAUCUAUAAUUUAAAUAUAACUAGUUUGAUUUCAAA